AUGGAGCACACUAGCUCCACCUUGCAGCUGCUGGCCCUCGGCCCUCUGCGCAGGGGACCCCAGGGCCUUGGUGGCCCAGGCCUGGGGGCAGGUGGGGCUCCCCCGGGACUCUCCUCAGGGCCUGGCUCCAGGGUGGCUGCCAUGACCCCUGAGUCUGUUCCCUGUGUUGCCAUGGCCUACCGCCGAAAGUCCUUCCUGAUGCUGGGCGUCAGGGUGGCCCGGCCGGUCCUCUGCGUGGACCUUCUGCUCCUCCCGGAGCUCGGGCCUCUCAUCCUGGCGGCCACCACCGACAACGCCGGCUUUGUGCUGCAGAUUGACAAUGCCCGCCUGGCGGCCGACGACUUCCGCACCAAGUACCAGACGGAGCUGAACCUGCGCGUGAGCGUGGAGACCGACAUCAACGGGCUGCGCAGGGUGCUGGACGAGCUGACCCUGGCCAGGGCCGACCUGGAGAUGCAGAUCGAGGGCCUGAACGAGGAGCUGGCCUACCUGAAGAAGAACCACGAGGAGGAGAUGCUCGCCCUGCGCAGCCGGACUGGCGGGGACGUCAACGUGGAGAUGGACGCGGCCUCCGGCGUGGACCUGAGCCGCAUCCUGAACGAGAUGCGUGACCAGUACGAGCAGAUGGCGGAGAAGAACCGCAGGGAGGCUGAGGCCUGGUUCCUGAGCAAGAUGGAGGAGCUGAACUGCGAGGUGGCCACCAACACCGAGGCCCUGCAGAGCAGCAGGACAGAGAUCACCGAGCUGCACCGCUCUGUGCAGAACCUGGAGAUCGAGCUGCAGUCCCAGCUCAGCAUGAAAGCAUCACUGGAGAACAGCCUGGCGGAGACGGAGGCGCGCUAUGGGGCCCAGCUGGCCCAGCUGCAGGGGCUCAUCAGCAGCAUUGAGGCCCACCUGGGCCAGCUGCGCUGUGACCUGGAGCGGCAGAACCAGGAGUACCAGGUGCUGCUGGACAUGCAGACUCGGCUGGAGCAGGAGAUCGCCACCUACCGCCGCCUGCUGGAGGGCGAGGACGCCCACCUGGCCUCUCCGUACUCCUCGUCCCUGGCUUUGCAGUCUGGCCGGAAAGCCAUGGUGACCAGCCACCAGGUGCGUACCGUCGUGGAGGAGGACCAGGACAGUAAGGUAGUGUCCACCCGUGAGCAGGUCCACCAGUCCACCCACUGAGGCCUGCGCAUGGCCCAUCGCAGAGGUCCGGGCAGCCACGGCCCCCGGCGACAGCCAGCGCCCACCACCAAGUCCUGGGUGCCCGCCCGGUCCGCCCAGAGCUGUUGCUUUCUCUUCCCGCUUCCUGCGGCCCCUCAGCGAGGGCCUCCUGUGUCCCCUGCCCCUUAGUGCUAUUAAAGCUUUGCCAAGUUGCC